CAUCGGCAAAUUUGUAGAUUGGGACAUCCCAAUCAUUCUUCCAUCACACGUGAAAACUGAGAAAAUGGCAGCAAGAGCCGCAGCAAGACGAGUCCAUGAACUCUUCGUAUCUAAACUACCGUGGACUGCAGGAGCAAAUGAGAUCAGGGAACACUUCGCACAGUUUGGGCCAGUUCGGGCCUGCAGAGUGACCUUUGACCAAAACACAGGCUUCUCAAAGGGUUUUGCCUUUGUGACAUACCAGUCUGAGGAAGCAGUGAAGAGAGCUCUACAGAAGGACAGUCAUCAAAUUGAUGGACAGAAGAUUGCAGUUUAUAAGAGGCAAGGCUCCUCAACAUCAGGUGUAUCAGCUGUCAACAGAUUACAAAUCAGUGACGUCUUCAAUCAUGAUAGCGACAGCGAGACCGCGUGAUGUUUACAGCAAUGAACAAUGUUUGGACAGUUUAAUUCAAUUGAGGAUCUUAAGGGUUGGACCUGUCGCCUUGGAGACUACAUGAUGUGCAGUUUGAAUUCUUAAGCUUACCAACAGAGCCCAAUCUCACAAGCCUGUAAGCAUAAAAACUUGCUUAGCACAAAAACAAAUUUCUUAGCAAAAAUAGGUUUACCAUUGCUGCGAGUGGUAAAUUUGUUAAGCAGAUUUUUCUGCUUAACAGCUUCACGCAACUGGGCCCUGGAUACAUUAUGAUGCAUGUCUAAAAGUUUGAAUAAUCUUGAUUUCAAUAUGUGUGGUAUUCAGUGCAGUGCGAAUUUAAAGCGAUGCAGCAUUUACACGCUUUACUCAACGACAUCCAAAAUGGCAAGCGUGGCAGUGUCACAUAAGUUGUACAUCUUUUAUUCUAGGGCUGUUCUCACAGAGCUGCUAGACAGACAAAGUUGGCAACACAGAAUUUCCUCGCUUUCCAGAAAUUACCUAAACAGUUUGAAGUGAACAUCCUUCGUGACUGCAUGUAGUUUCAGACUUAGUUUGCUAGGCCCAGAGUAAAAUGCCAUUGAAUUUUGUUCCCAGAACCGGGAAAGUAUUCGGUGUACAUGUACGAAUACGAGUAAAACCAAAAUGAAUGUUCAAAGAGCUGCUCAAGCAGAAAUAAAAUGCUAACAUUUUCUGCAAUGCAAAAUGAGCGGAGUACCACUCAGAAACUGCAUCUGUGACAUGGGGUAGGUAAGCAUAAUUUUGUUGUGCUUAGCUUCUUUUUGUUACAGGACCCAUUUUCAAAGCUCUACUUUAUACCAUUAAGCAGAAAUUUGCCACAUCCAUACUAUUUGUUACUCCGCAUUCUUCACUAGUUACCUUUAAUACAGGGCAAGUGCAGACUGUUAGCUCGGAAUUCUGCAGUAAGCACAGCCAUAUGAAAGGCCCAAGUGUUCACUUGUCAGCGAUUCAAAUACAAAUAAAGUCUUGACCUGAAAAUGUUUCUUAAAAGUAGUGUAAACAAACAAUUUCAACAAAGCAAUAAACCAGACGAUCAUAAAAAAUGCAUAAGUAUAUGGAUACAUUUUAUUGGGUGGUUUUUAAGAGGGACACGUGAAUUUUGUAUGUACAUACAUUACAAUACAUUAUAACAUGUAUGUCUACAGAACCAUGAUUAUGAUUAGAAACAAAGCAAUAACUACUACCAUGUGAGGCAAAGGAAGUGUAACACUGUAAUACUUGAUUUAUAAUACGGAAAAUUAAACAUUCUGUUAAAAGCUAUCUGGAGGAGCAAUUAACUUUGUAGUCGACUUACAGUAGUUCUGAGGAACAUCUGACAUAAUUCGUAAAACAGAAAAAAAUACCAAUCUUAAUACUGUACAAAGACACCCAGGUUAUGGCAUAGAGGUCCAACGUUAUCAACCAUGUACAACUUGGUUGCAGCAUUUUUAGAGGUGUAUUCCCGUGUGUUACGUCGCAGUGUGCAUUAUGUAAAUACAGGAUUGUUCUAAAAUUGGAACUUCGUAAGUGGAGUUACAAACAUGAGAGUUGCAAAUGGUUGAAUUUCUAGCUCUCUAUUGGGCAAUCAAAUGUACUGAAUAAUUAGUCUUAAGAUAAUGAAGUAUUUCUAACCAGUUCUAAGAGAAACUCAAAGCAAUUUAUAAGAAGACAGAAAUAAUUUUCAAUUUUGUUGAUAGUGAUAAAAAUUAAAUCUUGUUUUGCCUCCCCCCCCC